CAAAGCUUCGAGAUAUGUUUUGUUUUGAUUCUCGUUUUCUGUUGGUAUAUAAUGUGUGGUUUGUUCUGAGCUGAGGAGAUCCACUACAGUAGUUAAUUGUUCUGCAAAUAAGGGAAGUGGUUAGUUAACAGAAGGCUGAGUGGUUGGUCUACAGUGUGGCUGGUUGUCUUGGUGCAUGACAGAACUGGGGUCCGGACAAAACCCCCUCAGUUAAAGUGAAAGGUAAUGGCAAGUAUGGAAGUAGAUGAAGAUGUGGCAGCUGAGGCCACUUCAUCAUCCCAGUCAGUAGCUGUAGAGAGCUCCAGCCAGGCUGCUAGUGGCAUUGUAAAUGUUGCUGCCCCCACCUCACCACUACCACCACCAUCUCAGUCAUCAUCAGUUGUUGGAGGAGGCAGUAGCAGUGAUGGGGUCAGUGCAGGUGGAGACUCGGUGAUGGCAUCAGCAGGGACAGUGGGCAGUGUCUCUGUGUCACUCCAUCCCUUGGUUAUACUCAAUAUCUCUGAACAUUGGACCCGACAGAGAGCUCAGGAAGGCAAACCUGUACAAGUGCUAGGAGCUCUGAUUGGGAAGCAAGCUGGCCGCCAUAUUGAGAUAAUGAAUUCUUUUGAACUGAGUGAUGAUGAAUUGGAUGGCAAUAUCAUCAUUAACCGCGAAUAUUAUACACUUAAGGAAGAGCAGUACAAACAAGUGUUCAGUGACAUGGACCUACUGGGAUGGUAUACAACUGGUGACACUCCUGGACCCCCAGACCUCUUAGUUCACAAGCAAAUCUAUGACCUCUUGGACAGUCCCAUAUUCCUGAAGCUGAACCCUAUGGCACGCCACACAGAUCUGCCAGUAAGCAUAUUUGAGAGUGUCCUGGAUUUAGUGAAUGGAGCCCCCACCAUGCUGUUAGUGGAACUGCAGUAUACAAUAGCUACUGAGGAGGCUGAACGUAUUGGUGUGGACCACGUGGCUAGAAUGUCAUCACACGACACCCAGGAAAGUUCCCUUGUUGCAGAAAAUCUUCAAGCACAGUACAGUGCAAUCAAGAUGUUGGCUAGUCGAGUGCGCCUAAUUGCGGAAUAUGUUCGUGCCAGCCAACGUGGUGAGGUGGACUUCAAUCAUGAGAUUCUUCGGCAGGUCAAUGCUUUGGCUCAUCGACUGCCAGUACUAAAUAGCGAUAAGUUCCGUGGAGAAUUUUAUAAUCAAUGUAAUGAUGUAGCACUGAUGUCAUAUCUUGGAACAAUAACCAAGUGCUGCAACACUAUGAAUCGAUUUAUCAACCGUUUCAAUCUUUUGCAUGAAAGACUAGCCAUGGGGCGUCGGAUGCGUGGGCUUUUCUUUUGAGAUGGGCUUAUCCUUAAAAAUUGCUUAAUAUUGUUUUAGAAAACUACAGGGCAUUUGAGCUCAAAAUCACUUGACCUUUGAAUAUGACUGGUCCUCAUUAAAUUAUGGUUAUAUGAUCAAAAUUAUAAACUCUAGGGAUUUUCAGUUUGAUUCCAUGAUCAUGCUUGAUUUUGAAGUGUGUAUACUAAAUUAUGAAGCCUUCAUAGUUAAGUUUUGCUAUCAUGCUCAUCUUUAUAUUCUAAUAGAUUAUUUUCAAGUUUCACUCAAGUUCUAUUGUUAGAAAUAAUAAUUUGGUAUUUGUUGAGUAUAGCACUGCCUGCUUAUAAAAGCGACAAAAAAUCUUGUAAGAAUAAAUGAAGUUUAAGUUUUUGUUCCAUAAAUUAAUUAUUUCCCCAGUUUUCUGUAGUAUUUUUCCAGUUUUCUUGAUAUUUACAUAAAAAUAUUGCAUUAUUUGGACCGAGCAAAGAGUAAGCAUUAAUGGGUAAGGUGCAUAUGUUUGUUUUUAUGAUGGCAAACUACAAUGUCCAACCAAAUCAAACUUAAUUAUUCAAGGAAUUUCAAGAUUUACUCCCACCUUUUUCAUUUGUUAGGUUUAAAUUAUAGUAAUUAUUUAAUUCAUUGUAUUUGGGGUCUGAAAUAAACAGAUGUAGUGUUUCUCUGUAAAUUUUACUCAAAUAAAAAGUCCUAAGAAUGUGAAGAUAAAUGAAAAAUACAACUAUUUAUUUAUAUAAUUUAUUUUUUAUAAAAUAAUGUUAUAAGCAGGAAUAACAUAGCUAUAUUUAACAAUUACCAUAAUUUUCAUAAUAGCAAUAGCUGACAACUUGUUUCACACCAUUUGGCAUGUAAAGGCAGUCACAUGAUAAACCCAAAGUAAAACUGAUUACCGUAAUAUGCUGUUUUUCUACAUUGAUUUAAAAUAUAAAGAUUAACCAUAGGAAGUUAGAAAAACUAAUCCUUUAUAUUUUUGAGCUUGAAAGGUUUUCUACUGGAUCCAAAGUUUUAUUUCAUGACUUAAAAUCUGAGCCAGUAACUGUUGGAGGAUAUGGUUCUUAUAUGGACAUAACUCUUGCUACAGAUUUUCAAUGCCCUAUAUGUUAGCAUACGAGUAUAAUUGAGCUAAUGACAGAACGAAGUUUUGGAAUGUUAAAAAAUUACAAUAAACCAUAACACCUCAAA